AUGCUCAGAGAAUACUCUAAAUCCCGCUUACUCUCAUCUCACAGGAUGAGAGGCGAACCAACGGGUGAAUAUACAGUCCGAACCUGGAGAGUCACUCUAAACUACCUUCUUACACUAUCAAAUCUACGCAUUAAAAGACUAGCUAAUGACGCCAUCUGCCCAAGAUGUCAGCAGGGUGUAGAGAACAGAGACCAUGUCUUUCGAGAAUGCGCUGCUGCAAAGGAAACAUGGAAUAGCUUACAAUUUGACUGGCCUGAAAGAGUAGCAAAUAUGGAAUUCAUGGAAUGGUUCAUGGAAUGGUUUACCUGGACUGUGCACAACAACAGUAUUGAUAUUUUUCAAUCCUUCUUAUGCACCAUCUGGGCUAUCUGGUCGGCUAGAAACAAAUGGAUCCACGAAGGCAAGAAAAUGUCAGGAGCAGAGACGACAAGAUUUAGCGUACAGUACUUACAAGAACUAAACAGCAUUAAACGGGGAAAACUUGCCUCUAGCCUGAUUAGAGCAGAAUGGAAGCCCCCGAUUCAAGGUGUAUGA